AUGUCUACCAAUACAACGAACAGCACGGUCCUUAUCGCAGGUGCUGGACUCGGUGGACUGUGUCUCGCCCAAGCUCUAAAAAAACAUUCAAUUCCCUUCAAAAUCUUCGAAAGAGACUUGAAACAAAACUUUCGAGCCCAGGGUUAUCGUCUCCGCAUAUCCGAAUUCGGCAUCUUAUCCCUUCAGUAUGCCUUGAACGACGAAAUAUGGGAUCUUUUCGAAAAGUCUGCGGCUUUAUUUGAAGCAUCGAGGCCAGGAUCACGCAUCAACACCUUGACUGCUGAGCCACUGACUCAGGGUGCACUCGGUGGAGGACCACCAGCAGGCGCGCAUGGUAAUAUGACGCCCUACACAGUGGACCGCACGACGAUGCGCGACGUCCUUCUAACGGGGCUUGAAGAUGAGUUGCAGUUUGGAAAAGUCGUGACCCGUUAUGAGGAAUCUGCCGAUGGGGUGACCGUGUAUUUUAAUGAUGGCUCGUCCGAGACCGGCGCGUUUCUCGUUGGUGCCGAUGGGGUGAAGUCGACCAUUCGUCGACAGUUGCUGCCAGACUACCCAUAUCUUGAUACCGAAAUGAGAAUGCUGUUUGGAAAAUCACCCAUGACAACAGAACUCAAGAGCAAAUUUCUCGACAAUGCACAAAGCGGGAUGUCACUGUUGUAUGACGACGGUUCUAUGGACAAUGGACCAAAAACAGGAGUUCUUGAGGCAAUCAAGUUUCCGCAGGGUAAGGCUGUGGCACAUAUAUCCCUGCCAGACGACUAUAUCUACUGGGUCCUGGUGGUUCGCAAAGAGCAUAUGCCGAUUCCAGACGCCGAGGUUCUUCGCUUGGAUAACGAGGCGUCAUCAGACCUCGCGCUUUCGUUGACGGAGAAAUGGCAUCCUCGCGUCCGGGCUAUCAUUGAGCUCCAGGACAGGACACAAACAUCGACACUGAGAAUGAGUUCGGUUGACCCGGAAAUGCCAGAUUGGGAGGCUACAGGCAGAGUUACCUUGCUGGGCGACGCCAUCCAUGCUCUUCCGCCAACGGGCGGUGCUGGUGUCAACACGGCAUUGCGUGAUGCAGCAGAUCUUGCUCGAAAGAUUUUCCAGGCUGGCGGCAGUGCAAAUAUCACACGGGAUAUUGUUGCAGAGUAUGAGACGGGUCUGAGGGACUUUUCUAGGAAAUGGGUUGCUAUGAGCUGGGGGGCUGGGCAAAAAGCUUUUGGUUUGAAAUCGCGAGAGGAAUGUGGAAAGCUCAUAUUCUAA